AUUCCAAAACCGGUGAAAUAACGGUAGCUGCACCGGUGUGUCUAUCCAGCGGCCAAAGAGGUUGAAAAUUGUACAGAAGGACAAGCCACUUCACCAGAAAGAUGAGUGUAGGAUUCAUCGGAGCGGGCCAGCUGGCUCACGCGCUGGUGAAAGGGUUCACAGCUGCGGGUGUAAUAGCUACUCAGAGAAUCAUAGCCAGUUCUCCAGACACUGAUCUGCCUACUGUUGCUGGCCUUAGGAAAAUGGGUGCUAUCAUCACCACCAGUAACAAGGAGGUGGUGAACAAGAGUGAUGUCCUGUUCCUGGCAGUCAAACCCAUUGGUUUCUGGGGCCAAUCGGAACAUUUAUGUGUUUGUGUUCGGGAAAAUCGUCAGGGGCGGGGUACUCCGAUCCAGACUCAUUGCGCAGAAGAAACGCUAGUGGCCUAGUGUUUUUACAGGAGCAAGGAGUUUGGGUACCUAGUCAAGCCAUUUCUAAGGUAGUGUCCCAAAUUGUACCCUAUUCUUCCCCUCCCCAAUAGGGGUCAAAGGUAGUGCACUAUAAAGGAAAUAGUCUGCCAUUUGGGAUUCACCCCAAGUGUACUAUACAGACAGUUAGUGUAUUUUAUAUGAAGCCAGAUCACGCCAUGAAAACCCUUUACUUUUGUUUGUUGUGAUUUUCUUGUCAUUAUUUUUGGUGUUAUUUUAUGGACUGACUAAACAACAAUUGUUUUGAG